AUGUCGAAGUUCGUGUUUGGCACUGCCGUCAAGGAGUUGAGAUUCCACUUGUCCCAGACCGGGGAAGCUUCGGUUCCCCUUAGAAAGUUCUUGCAAGCCAAUUACGCUCCGUUGAAGCAAGCGUCGGACAACAAGGUUCCCAUCUUGGUGAGAGAAGCGUUCGGCAUCCCCCCGUCGUUGACCGCCAGAUUCGAAAAGGGUAAGGAAAUUAAGAAGCAGUUGGAAGGGUUGACUGAAAAGGACAUUGCCGACCAGGUGGCGACGUUCAUCAAGAGCAGCUAG